ACAUUUAUCUUCGGGUUUAACCGUUUAAUUGAUUCUUGGUGGUUAAAAUUCGUGUCUUAAUUUCGUUAAAAAAUUGUGUGGUUUAAUUACCUUAAUAUUAGAUGUCAUAGUAUUAUUUGUGGUAGAAUGUGGGUAAUUACUUAAGCAGAAGAGUGAUGCAUUUAAGGGAUAGGAUGAAAUGAGUUGGCAGUGAAUGGGAUAGAGUAGAUUUUGGAGUUAUGAAGUUCGAUCUCGAAUGGUAAAAGAAUUAAGAAUGGAUGUUGUUAGGGGAGCUAAAUGAAUUCUUUACCAUAUAUGUUAAGGAUGAGGGAUUGGGUUCUAGAUAAAGAAGCUUGUUUGAUAUUGAAUGUUCUGAUAAUGAGUUUAAUGUUCUGAUAUUGAGUUUAAUGUGUAUGAUUUUCAUUUUGAUUAUAGUUCUUUGCUGGAUUUUGAUUAUUCGUACAGUUCAGUUGUUUGUGGUUUAACCACCAUAAGGAAAAAAGAUUUUUUUUUUUUUUUUUGUUUUUUUUUUUUUUUUUUUUUUUUUUUGUUUUGGAAUGAAAUUGUUUUUCUGGUUUGGCUGGAGAUAGAUUUACCGUGUCAAAUUGAUUCUUACUUAUAAAAAGUGGAGAUUUAGUUGAAUGAAGUUUUAUGCUUAGGAUGCCACAGUCUUUAUUGUUAUGAUGUGCAGUAUUUUUUAUAGUGUGGGCAAGGCUUUUAUGGCUUAUUUAACGAAGAGAUUACAGUGCACCACCAACUCUUUUAAGGACAAGCUACCAGACAAAAACUGAAAGUAACACAUAAGUUGUUUACCACAUAUGUUAAUAGAAAAAUCAAGCCUACCUUUCAGUGUUCCUAGCUUACAGGCAUUUUCGCCUCCUUCAGUGUCAAUUUAUAUUCUGGAUUUUGAUUGAUUUGUUGUGACUUCUUAUGUUUAUCCAUGAUGCAUGAAAGCUAUAAUUACAUGAAAAUAAAAUUAUAUGAAUUUGUUGGAUUAAAAAAAAGUGUGAAAUUGGUGUUAAAUUCUUGCAAUUGGUUAGUUGAAAUUUGAGCUAGUUAGUUUGCAUUUAUGAAAUUGAUAUUACUUUUUCACUGGUGAAUAGUGAUAAAUCUUUGGUAUAUUAGGAUAUUCUGGGUUUUGAUAAAUCUUUGGUAUAUUAGGAUAUUAUGUUACUGGUGAAUAGUGAUAAAGCUAGUUAGUCUUAUUUUUUACUAAAGGAAUGUUUUUGAUCAACGUAUUGUUGUACUUCAUAUUAGUGAGUUUUAAUAAGUUAGUUUAUAGAUACAAUGUUUUCAGCUAUAGAAGUCUUUGGUAUAUUAGGAUAUUAUGUUAUAUCUUUGAUUUGAUAUUAUUGUUUGUAAUCUUCCGCACCAUUUUCAUGUAUCAUUGUUAGCCUUUAAUAAUCUGUUGUAACACUAUAAAUAGUUGUAUUAUUUCAUGAAUUUAUUCAAAGCUUUUCCAUAUUCUCAUUCUCAUAACUCUAUCCGAUGGUAGUUUGUUGUACUAUGAUUCAUUUCAAAAGAGAUGCUUUACAUAACAUAUCUAAGCAUCGCUCCUGCUGGCUACACAUAGCUGCAGCUCAAUAUAAAACUGAAAAGAAAAUAACUUUGACAGAAUUUAAGGAGAUAAAGAAGAAGUUUAAGCGCACUUCACCUUGUUUUUUUGAUACUUUUGCAUCUGUUAAUUACGCUUGCAUAAGCGUCCAUAAUUUCUUACUAAUAAUUGGCUUCUGUGGCAAAGUUUUAAAUUGCAUGCUGGAUUGCUCUUUUUCCUACGAGUAUGCACGGCUUCUUGAUGCCCCUGUUGCUGAAGAUGGAGAAAAUUGGAGUGUAGGGCAAAGGCAGUUGGUUUGUCUAGGGAGAGUGCUUCUACAGAGGAGGAGAAUCCUAGUGUUGGAUGAAGCUGUUGCAUCUGUUGAUACUGCAACUGAUAAUCUGAUUCAGAAGACUGUCAGAGAGGAAACAAGCGGAUGUACUGUGAUUACUGUCGCGCACAGGAUACCUACUGUCAUUGACAAUGAUCUUGUCUUGGUUCUCGAUCCAGGCAGGAUCGCCGAGUAUGACUCUCCUUCUGAAUUGUUGAAAGACAGUUCAACUGCAUUCUCAAAGCUGGUGAAGGAAUUUAUCUGUAGAUCAUCCAAGCAUUUCGACGAGAUAUAGAAACAGUGUAUAGAAACAAGGAGUAAAGGUCGCUGCACUCGACUAAUGCUAUGAUCGGAAUGCUUCUAAUACCAGAGCCUUUUGCAUGUCCAUUUUGUUUGUGCUUAUGUAACAUUGUAUGUUAUUUAUUUUUUGACGAAAAUUGUAAUAUUACAACUAUUUAUAAUGAA